ACCGGUGUUCAAUCGGUCACCGGAGUCCUUUCAAAGUUCCGGCAAGUCUAAAACCCUAAUAAAUCAUGCCGAACCAACCGCUCCUCUACCGGAUACUCGGUUCAUUGUUGCUUCAGUUCACCAUGUCCAGGGAGUCUAGACUUCUCGUCCCAGCCUUUCAGUGUCAGUACGCCACCACUGUCAGCACCGGAGCCUCUCUAAAAGACGAGAACCGAAGUAAUACAAAGGAGGGCAAAUGGUUCACUUUACCUCCGUACUCUUCCACAAUCAACGGCUCUGCCCUUGGAAGAGCCCUCUGCGCGAGUGGCGGCUCCAAUGGCGGAGCUGACAAAGCUGUCUCUUCUGCGGAAACCACGGCACUCAAGUGGGUUCUACGUUGCUGUCCCGACCUACCCCGAAGCCUCGUGCAGAAGCUCUUUCGUUUGCGACAGGUUCGAAGAGAAGCAUCUGACUUUGGAAGUGAUCAUCAAGGUGUUCUGGGAAGACGGCUUACAAGGGUUGCAGCUAAGGACUCAAUGAACCCAGGGGAUCAAAUCUUUCUUCCUAUCACUGUUAAAUUGUUGCCUUCUGAUGAACGAAAACUCCCUCUCACUAAAGAAGAAGUUAACUUUAUUCAUAGCCUUGUUUUGCAUCGGGAUUCGGCCAUAAUUGUUCUCAACAAACCUCCUGGAAUGCCUGUCCAGGGUGGCAUUGGCAUCAAAACAAGUCUAGAUGAAUUGGCCUCAACUUGUUUAAGUUAUGGGUAUUCUGAACCCCCUCGAUUGGUGCACAGGCUAGACAGAGAUAGUAGUGGCAUCUUGGUGAUGGGGAGAACACAAGUAAGUGCAACAGUUCUGCAUUCCAUAUUCCGCGAGAAAACUAUUGGCAUGUUGCACGAUGAUAUUGAUGAUAAGAAGAGAAUCCUUCAAAAGAGGUACUUGGCACUUGUCCUUGGGUCUCCAAGACGUCAAAGAGGUUUAAUUUCAGCGCCAUUGGGAAAGGUUGUAGUUGACAAUGGAAAAUCUGAUCGUAUCACCGUGGUUGAUAAUGCACAAGACAUGUCAUGUCAGCAUGCAAUAACACAGUAUCAAGUGAUUAGAUCUUCAUCUCAUGGUUUAACAUGGCUAGAGCUGUGCCCUCUCACAGGUAGAAAGCACCAGCUCCGUGUACACUGCGCACAGGUUUUGGGAACGCCAAUAGUUGGAGAUUACAAAUAUGGUUGGCAGGCUCAUAGGAAGUGGGAACCUUUGCCUUGGUCUGAUCUUAGAAGGAACUCCAGUGAAAUCUGUCCCUUUGGGAAUAUAUAUCCUUUUGACCUGGAUUUAAAUAGUGGAAGUAUAUCUGACAAGCAGCGGCGCCUACAUCUUCAUUGUAAGCAAAUGGUUUUUCCUGAUAUCUCCCAGGCGUUACAAGAUGUGCAAUUAUCCCCAGACUGUGAUUUUGCACAACUGGAAAGUCUUGAAUUCAAUGCGCGGUUGCCUUCAUAUAUGCAGAGAAGUUGGGACAUUAUGAAUUCUUGAUCCAUUGUUGGAAUUUUUGAAGGACUAGAGAUUUUUUUUUGGUGGGUACUGAAUCUGGGGAUAAGGAAGAAAGGAAAGUAUGAAACUGAAAAAUUGGUGACCUUCGUUGCUCUGAUGGCAUUUUAGAUAUGAAGAUCGAACAGAUAGAACUUACUUGGGUUUCUCCUACUGCAUGUCGUCUGCAAGUAUCAGAAUGUGGGGUUUUUUUAAUCUCCCUUGACUCAUCUAAACCUUAUUUAACCAUCCAGCCUAAACGAAAAGUAGCACUGUAAAAGCUUAUGCAAUGGAGGGUUGUGGUGGAUGUUGAAACAAAAUAUUGAAUUUAUCCAAAUAUGGGGAGAAAAAUAGAACACUGGCUUCUCCUUGGUUGUUAGAGUUUGUAUGGUAGCAAUAGUACAAGGCUUUUAGCCAUGCAGAUGAUGGCAAAGCAGCAUCUUGUAAGUUGGCAAAAAGUGGUUGGUGAUGUGCUAGUCUGGUUGAAGACCUUUCAUCUUGGUUAUUUCUUCUCAUAGGAUGCCUCUGUUUCCCACAAAAUUUUCCUGUCUGGUUUUUCUACCAUUUUGAUUAAGAAUAUUCGUGUUGUUGGACAGGAUGAAUUUCUCCUAUCAUGGCAAAUGAAGAUUUUGGCCUUCACUGGCAUGGAAAUCUUUUUUACCUA